UCUAGAGUUCUAUCCUCUGUACUCAGUAUCCGAUUCUCUCUCUCCUCUCAAUUUUUCCUACUCACUGUCUUCAAUAUCAUCCCAAAUUUCGCCAUAAAUCUCUCUCCACACAAACACACCACCAUCAUCAACCACAAUCUCACACUUCUCCAAUGGCGGGAAACGACUGGAUUAACAGUUACCUGGAGGCAAUUCUCGACGUAGGCCCUGGACUCGACGAUGCAAAAUCAUCCUUACUUCUUCGUGAACGAGGCCGCUUCAGUCCCACUCGGUACUUCGUUGAUAACGUCAUUGGUUUUGAUGAGACUGAUCUGCAUCGCUCUUGGGUUAAAGCGCAAGCGACGAGGAGUCCGCAAGAGAGGAACACCAGGCUGGAGAAUAUGUGCUGGAGGAUUUGGAAUUUGGCUCGUCAGAAAAAGCAGCUAGAGAGUGAGGAAGCUAACAGAGCAGCCAAACGUCGUAUGGAGCGAGAAAAAGGUAGACGUUUGGCUGUUGCCGACAUGUCAGAGGAUUUAUCAGAAGGAGAAAAAGGAGAGACAGUUGGUGACGUGUCGGCUCAUGGUGAAAGCCAAAAAGGUCGGUUACCCAGAAUGAGUUCACUUGAUGCCAUGGAAGCAUGGGCUAAUCAACAAAAGGGGAAAAAGCUGUAUAUUGUAUUAAUAAGCCUUCACGGGUUAAUACGCGGUGAAAAUAUGGAGCUUGGUCGUGAUUCUGACACAGGUGGUCAGGUUAAGUAUGUUGUAGAACUUGCAAGAGCUUUAGCUUCAAUGCCAGGUGUCUACCGAGUCGAUUUACUUACAAGACAAGUAGCCUGCCCCGAAGUAGACUCGAGUUACGGUGAACCAAUAGAAAUGUUAUGUUCUCAUAAUCCCGAUGACAUGACAGACGAAGUCGGAGAAAGUAGCGGUGCGUACAUAAUUCGCAUUCCAUUUGGGCCACGAGAGAAAUACAUCGAUAAAGAGCUUCUUUGGCCCCACAUCCCCGAAUUCGUUGACGGUGCACUUAGCCACGUAAUCCAAAUGUCGAAAGUUUUAGGCGAGCAACUAAACAGUGGGCACCCGGUCUGGCCCGUUGCGAUUCACGGUCAUUAUGCGGAUGCUGGUGACUCAGCGGCCCGGUUAUCCGGUGCGUUAAACGUACCGAUGCUUUUCACGGGUCAUUCGCUUGGUCGAGACAAGUUGGAACAACUUCUGAGACAAGGAAGAUUAACGAAAGAUGAAAUUAACACUACGUACAAAAUCAUGCGGAGGAUAGAGGCGGAAGAAUCGAGUCUUGAUUCGUCUGAGGUGGUUAUUACUAGCACCCGACAGGAGAUUGAUGAACAGUGGCGGUUGUAUGACGGGUUUGACCCAGUUUUGGAAAAGAAACUUCGGGCUAGGAUUAGGCGUAAUGUCAGCUGUUAUGGCAGGUUCAUGCCUCGUAUGGUUGUAAUUCCUCCGGGAAUGGAGUUCAAUCAUAUUGUCCCACACGACGGUGAUAUGGACGGUGAAACCGAAGGCGGAGAAGAGCAUCAGCCUUCUCCGGACCCACCUAUCUGGACAGAGAUAAUGCGAUUCUUCACCAACCCACGAAAGCCCAUGAUACUUGCGCUUGCAAGGCCCGAUCCGAAAAAGAACCUUACGACUUUGGUUAAAGCAUUCGGGGAGUGUCGUCCAUUAAGAGAGCUUGCUAAUCUUACGUUAAUAAUGGGUAACCGAGAAAACAUCGAUGAGAUGUCGAGCACAAGUGCUUCAAUGCUUCUUUCGAUUAUUAAAAUGAUUGAUAAGUAUGAUCUUUAUGGUCAAGUGGCGUAUCCGAAACAUCAUAAGCAGAGUGAAGUCGCUGACAUCUAUCGGCUCGCUGCUAAAACCAAGGGUGUUUUCAUCAAUCCGGCUUUCAUUGAGCCAUUUGGACUCACUUUGAUAGAGGCUGCUGCUCACGGGUUACCGAUGGUUGCCACUAAAAACGGAGGCCCUGUGGAUAUACAUCGAGUACUUGACAACGGUUUGCUUAUCGAUCCCCACGAUCAACAAUCAAUCGCAGACGCAUUGUUAAAACUCGUUGCAGAUAAGCAACUUUGGGCCAAAUGCAGGGCAAACGGGCUAAGAAACAUUCAUCUAUUCUCAUGGAAAGAACAUUGCAAAACGUAUCUUUCACGUAUCGCCAGCUGUAAACCGAGGCAUCCCGGGUGGCUAAAAAACGAUAACGACGACGAUGAUGAUGAAAAUUCCGAAUCUGACUCACCAGGCGAUUCCUUAAGAGAUAUGCAAGAUAUAUCUCUAAAUUUAAAAUUCUCAAUCGGUUCGGAAGAUCAAAAAAAUAAAUUAGAAAACGUCGUUUUGUCACAUUCGAAAAAUGUCGCGAAAAACCUACAAAAGACGGUUUCUGGAGAUAAAACCGAACAACCGAAAUUCCCGGCCAUAAGGAGAAGAACACACGUUUUCGUAAUCGCUAUCGACGCUGACAAUAUCGGGUCACUUUUCGAAAACGUUCAAAAAAUAUUCGAGGCGGUAGAAAACGAAAAAAACGACGGGUCGAUUGGAUUUAUAUUGGCAACGUCUUUACAAAUGGCGCAAAUUCAUUCGUUUUUGGUAUCGAAUGGUGUGAAUCCGUCGGUUUUUGAUGCGUUUAUUUGCAAUAGCGGGGCCGAUCUUUAUUAUUCGUCUUCGCAUUCUGAAGAUAACCCGUUUGUAUUUGAUUUAUAUUAUCAUUCGCAUAUUGAGUACCGUUGGGGCGGUGAAGGACUUCGGAAGACUUUGGUGAAAUGGGCUUCUUCUAUUGUUGAUAAAACGGCUGCAAAUAAAAAUGAAGAGCAUGUUGUUACUGAAGAUGAAGAAGUUUCGACUAAUUAUUGUUAUGCGUUUAAUAUUCACAAGCCCGGAUUGGUUCCUCCUGUUAAGGAACUUAGGAAGUUGAUGAGGAUUCAAGCUCUUCGUUGUCACGUUAUUUAUUGCCAAAAUGGAAAAAAGAUAAAUGUGAUUCCAGUGUCGGCAUCUCGUUCUCAAGCCCUCAGGUAUUUGUAUCUGCGGUGGGGUAUGGACUUAUCAAAGGUGGUGGUUUUCGUCGGCGAAAGCGGGGACACAGAUUACGAAGGAUUUCUGGGCGGUGUUCACAAAUCGGUUGUACUGAAGGGAAUAGGCGGCGGCACCACCAACCAGCUUCAUGCUAACAGAGUCUACCCGCUUUCCGAUGUUACACCUACUGAAAGCACCAAUAUUAUUCACACACCCGAAGAAUUCAGUCCUGCUGAUAUUCGUGCAUCGUUGGGAAAACUCGGAGUCCUCAAAGCAUAAAGGAAUUACAUUAUCGUCCCUCUUGUUUGACACUUGGGCUCGGGAUGAUUUCUCAUCCCGAGUGAAAUGUUUUCUUUUUUGUUGCAUUUUAUUUUUGCUGCUCUCAUUCGAUCUGGCAUUUACAUGAAUAACUAGUUGUCGAAACUAGUGUGAAAAGUAUGCAAUUAUGUACAGAAGUUAUAAAAAUGAGGUUAUUGUGUUCUUC